UUAAACAAGUCGCACAAGUUGUGGCCUUGCUCUUUGAAGUGGAGGUGAGAGGCUUUUGUGUUAUCUUCUUUGCCUUCUCUCUCUAUCUCUAUCUGCUCUUCAGCCAGAGAGACCCAGAGCUUGAAAAUUAUUGGUAUUUACAGCUUCUGGGUCUCUAAUGGCGAGAUUGGUCUUAUCAGAAUGUGGUCUAAAACCUCUCCCUAAAAUCUAUCCUCAACCCAGAUGUGGAAUAUCCUCAAAGACUUCCAUUUCUUCUCAUCUUAAACCAUUACCGCUUUGUAAAAGCCACAUUCUUGGUUUGUCUUUGAGGUCCUCAAGUGGGUUUAGGGGGAAAAGUUGGACACUGAAUGUGAGUGCUCCAUAUAGAGUCAUGCCAGUUGAUGAAGAUGAUAAAGAAAGAGUUGGAAUCAAUGGAAUUAAUGGCGUUGAAGGUGACAAUGAAUUCGACCCUGGUUCGCCGCCGGAUUUUAAGCUAGCCGAUAUUAGAGCUGCCAUUCCGAAACAUUGUUGGGUUAAGGAUCCAUGGACAUCGAUGAGCUAUGUUGUGAGAGAUGUCGUGGUGGUUUUUGGUUUGGCUGCUGUUGCAGCGUAUUUCAACAAUUGGGUUGUUUGGCCUCUUUACUGGAUUGCUCAGGGAACCAUGUUCUGGGCUCUUUUUGUACUUGGACAUGAUUGUGGUCAUGGAAGUUUCUCUAGUAAUCAAAAGCUGAAUAGUUUUGUGGGUCAUCUUCUUCAUUCUUCAAUUCUUGUUCCGUACCAUGGAUGGAGAAUAAGCCACAGAACUCAUCAUCAGAACCAUGGACAUGUUGAAAACGAUGAAUCUUGGCAUCCAUUGUCUGAGAAGAUUUACAAGAGUUUGGAUAACGCUACUCGACUUUUGAGGUUCACAUUGCCUUUCCCCAUGCUUGCUUACCCUGUCUAUUUGUGGGGUCGAAGUCCGGGAAAGAAGGGAUCUCAUUUUAACCCGAACAGCGACUUGUUCGUCCCGAAUGAGAGGAAAGACAUUAUUACAUCUACCGCUUGUUGGACUGCAAUGGCUGCACUGCUUGUGUAUCUUAAUUUUGCAAUGGGUCCUAUCCAAAUGCUUAAGCUCUAUGGUAUCCCAUACUGGAUUUUUGUCACGUGGUUGGACUUGGUAACUUACUUGCAUCACCAUGGCCAUGAGGACAAACUUCCAUGGUACCGCGGAAAGGAAUGGAGUUAUCUAAGAGGAGGGCUUACGACACUUGACCGUGACUACGGAUGGUUCAAUAACAUCCACCAUGACAUUGGGACCCAUGUCAUUCACCAUCUAUUCCCUCAAAUUCCACAUUACCGUUUGGUGGAAGCAACUGAAGCAGCUAAACCAGUGCUUGGGAAGUACUACCGGGAGCCAAAGAAAUCUGGACCAAUCCCGUUUCACUUAUUGGGAACCCUUAUAAGAAGCAUGAAAAAGGAUCAUUAUGUGAGUGAUACUGGAGAAGUUGUAUAUUAUCAAACUGAUUCCCAUCUCCAUGGACCUGCUACUUCAGAAUGAAGUUGUCGCAGAUUUCCAGGUCUAAGACGAGAAGCAGCUCAUUGACCUUGGAUUCUUCGCAUUAUUUAACCGACAGUUAUUCAAAUCUGUAUAACUGCAACGACAGUUCUUCUGCCCACACAGAUUCAUUCUUUCUUUUAUUGGCAAAAAAGAUGCCUCAUAUAGAUUGUUCAAUGUACAACUUCCUAAUAGUAAAAGAAAUGCUGCAUUCUCUUUUUA